AUGGCGAUCGCGGCUGUUGGUCAGAUCUGCUCUACCGCGUCCUUGUCGCACAACCUUGAGCAGUGCGUGAGACUCGUCGCCAAAGCUGCUGUUGGUGGCGCAAAAGUCCUCUUCCUCCCCGAAGCCUCGGAUUACAUCGCCUCGAGCCCUCAGGAAUCCCUUUCACUGGCCCUUCCGCAAUCACAGUCGCCUUUCGUUCGCGGCCUUCAAGAGGCGGCAAAAGCGCAUUCAUUGGCAGUCAAUGUUGGCAUCCACGUACCGGUCCCGGCAACGGAAGCUUCGACGACAGUUACAAAACUACUAAACCGGAGCCUCUGGAUCAAUGCGGAUGGAACCAUCAACCAUGCCGCAACUUACGACAAGCUCCACCUCUUUGACUACGGUGCCCUCCGCGAGAGCGCAACGGUGCAGUCCGGCACCGCAUUGACCGCACCGUUCCCCACCCCGAUCGGUCGCGCCGGAAGUCUCAUCUGCUUCGAUCUCCGCUUUGCGGAGGCCGCCCUCGCCCUCACGCACCCGGGACCCCGCAGCCCUUUUCUCAAGGAGAACGGCGGCGCGGGCGUAGCACAGGUGCUUCUCUAUCCCUCCGCCUUCACCAUCAAGACAGGCCAGGCGCACUGGGAGACGCUACUUCGGGCGCGUGCUAUUGAGACUCAGAGCUGGGUAAUCGCCUCGGCGCAGGUCGGCGCGCAUAACCCUAAGCGCAGUAGCUACGGACAUAGUCUGGUAGUCGACCCGUGGGGCGCCGUGAAACUGGAGCUCGGUGGUGUGGACACGGAAGGUAAAGCGGAGGAGAACGCCGAGGGGGCUAUCGGCUUCGUCGACGUGGACUUAGAGCAGUGGGCGACGGUCCGAGAGGGCAUGCCGCUGGCCCGACGCACGUGA